AUGAACUUCCUUUUGAUUUUUUCAAUUUUCCUGAUUGCACAAGUUCUAGCUAAUGAACCUUAUGGUAAGUCUGAGGUCUAAAAAAUUUAAAAAAAAACCUAAUUAAGAUUGCAAUGGGAUCAAUGAAAUCAGUGCUCCAGCCAACUUGAACUCAAUUAUAAAUUAUCCAAGUUUCUGGAAUGUUAAUCAGACAGCUCCAAUUUAUCAAUUGAAUCAAAAUUGUCGAUGGAAUAUUGAGAUUCCGCGGGGAUUUUUUGUAUUUUUAUCACUUUCCGCUGAUACUCCUUCACCUUCAAAUCUACAAUUGACUUAUUCGAAUGGAAAAAUCGAUAAGGUUUCGGGAUAUGUUGAAAAUGCUCCUUAUUUUUUCGUGGCCCCCAAGUUCAGUAUUGUACUUCAAGCUGCCUCGUUGGUUGUGGGGAAAUUAGGAUUUGAGGUCAAGUAUGUCAAAAGUGAGUUGGAAAAUUAUAUACUUCGAGUUCUGCCACGUCAUAACUCAAAACAUAAAAUUUUUCCCUUUCAGUGCCAGAAUUCAACCCAGUCAAUUACUCACUCUCCACAUCGGACCCUGAAGUUAUCACAAAUCCCACAUCCUCCAGAAUCACAGCUCCUUCUCAAGUUUCCCUCAUCGCUUCAAGAACUGCUUCCUAUGAUUUCUACUAUUUCACUCGAUGUUUUGUGGUUUUCGAUGGUCCCACCGCGAAUUCCACAUUUUUGGCAAAUCUAUUCCAGGUUCUAGAUUCUGGAAAACAACUGGUCUCGUCUGGAAAAACCUUGAUUGUUGUUAAUUUGAUGCCUGAAGUUGUAGUUGGAAAUUCGAUAUUGGUUCAAGAGUAUUCAAGUGAGUCUGAAGCGAUUUUUGAAAAUCUGAAAAUAUUUCCAGACGUCAAGCAAUUUGCAAAUUAUCGCUUGGAAAUCUGUACCCCAACUUCAACUUCUUCUAGUUGCUAUUUGAAUCUGGAUGCCUCCUAUAAUACAUCAGCAAUUUCCUUGAUCUCAAAUUCAACAUCAUUUCUAAAAGCUGUUCAUAUUGCUCCAACUUCAAGCCUCGAUGUUUAUUAUGGUGCAAUCAAAACUUCAAAUCUCGUGGAAUCAUAUCAAUUCAGAACUUCUGGAUUUCCUCAAAAACUGAAUAAUUAUAUCACGACUUUUGUAUUGGAUUCUAAUACCGGACUUCUUGAAGUAUCUUAUGAGAAUCUUACAACAUCUUGGCAAACUUCUGCCAAAAAUCGAGUUGGAUUUGUGACUUCACCUAACUUCGGAACUGUUUCAUACGAUCAAGAUGUUACAGAAUUCUUUGCUGGAAAUGGAAAUGGAAUUUUCAACUAUACCACUAGAAUUAUAGAUUCAGGACUGAUUGGAAAAGCAACUCUUCAAUUUAUAACUUAUGAUAACUCGGAUAAUGUUGUUGAGAAUCGGGUUUAUAGUGAGAAGAAUGUUCCGGCAAAAAUUGGACAAGUUUCUCAAGGAAAAUCUUUGCGAAUUUUAUAUCGAACUAAUGGGGAGAAUACCACUGGGAUUCUUAUGGAUUUUUCGAUUCUCUGA